AAAGGAAGGAGCCCAGUCCGAUCUUGCGGACGGCGGAUUGAUUGGGGCACAACACAACGGCACCGUGACAUAUUUCCUUCCCGGCGGCGACGGCUGGGCGAGUGGCGGCGCCCUUCGCCAGUUCUUCGUCGGACCCUUCUCUGGCGACGAGCAUCCACCAGAUUUUAGGCUCGUAAAUCACUAUGGCUCAUCAAAAGCGUGAAGGCAGCUCUACCGACGAUGAUUGUGCUUCCAAGCGCCUGAAAGGCACCGACGCUGCUUCUGAAACGGGUGGCAGUGUAGAAGGUAGUGUUUCACAAGAAACGGCUGCUGAAGUGACGAGAACCUGCCAAAAGGAAAGCGAGGUGCCAUUGGAAAAAUGCACUUCGGAUGGGAAAGCUGUUGCGAAUUCUAAGGUUUCAGGCGAGCAAAACAUGGUACUGACUGCAGUUGAGGCGGAUGCCGCGGAAGACAAGGGUUGCAGGCACACUAUGGAGGACGCCUGGGUGCUGCUCCCUAAUGCUGGUGCGGAAUCUCCAGGAAGUUUGAGAUGCGCGCAUUUUGCGAUUUAUGAUGGGCAUGGUGGUCGUUUGGCAGCAGAUUUUGCACAGAAGCAUUUGCAUCAGAAUGUCAUCGCUGCAGGAUUACCACGUGAGUUGAUGGAUGUUAAAGCUGCAAAGAAGGCCAUAAUUGAAGGUUUCCGUCGAACUGAUGAAUCCUUACUACAAGAAAGUACUAAAGGAAAUUGGCAAGAUGGUGCAACUGCUGUAUGUGUUUGGAUCUUGGGACAGAUGGUUGUAGUUGCGAAUGCUGGAGAUGCUAAAGCAGUAUUGGCUCGUUCCACUUCCACCAAUGGUGAAGGUGUGGUUGAUGACACCAAAAGCCAGCUAAAGGCUAUUGUUUUAACAAGAGAACAUAAAGCCAUCUUUCCACAGGAGCGCUCCCGAAUCCAGAAGGCCGGAGGUUCUGUUGGUUCGAAUGGAAGAUUACAAGGUCGUAUUGAAGUAUCAAGAGCUUUUGGUGAUCGCCAGUUUAAGAAGGUGGGGUUGAUUGCAACACCAGACGUCCACUCCUUUGAACUUACAAAGAAAGAUCAUUUCAUCAUUCUAGGGUGUGAUGGCUUAUGGGGAGUAUUUGGACCAAGUGAUGCUGUUGAAUUUGUUCAGAAUCAGUUGAAGGAGACCUCUUCAGCCUCACUUGCAGUGCGCCGCCUCGUGAAGGAAGCUGUUCGUGAGAGGCGAUGCAAGGAUAACUGCACUGCUGUUUUGAUAGUCUUCAAACACUAGAGAUCUAACUAAUCCUCUUCCUGUAGGCCAAAAACAAUUAGCUGACGAUGGACAAUGUUUGAACUGAAGCUAGUUGAACAAGGAACUCUUGUUUGAUUUGUUUUAGUGACAUAUUAAAACACUA